GCGCGGUCCGGGUCACUUCGCUGGCUGCUUCUGAGCUGCCGGCUCGCCGCCAUCUUGUAUUGGGGCUUCAUUGUUCGCGCUGCACCCGGCCGUUUAGUGUAAUUGCCGCGGAAGGAGAAGGCGGAGUAACCUCCGGUCAGGCGAGAAACCCCGCUAUUCCGCAGCCAUAACCGCUCAAAAGAUUUGGGAGGUAGUAAAGAUUAGGGAGCUGGACCCCGAGGCGCCGGCGCGACAGCAGCAGCCAUGGAGGACGAGAUGCCCAAGACUCUAAACUGCCAGAAAUAUCUGGGAACUUAAACCUUUUUAUUACGUUGAUUUGGGAAUGUCAAAUAAUGAAGACAACCUCAGCUUUCUCAGGCCAGUCUACAAAAGCAGAUAUGUCGGCAACCUUUCCAGAGAUGUGACAGAAGCUCUAAUUCUCCAGCUGUUUAGCCAGAUUGGACCUUGUAAAAACUGCAAAAUGAUUAUGGAUGUAAGGACAGCUGGAAAUGAUCCAUAUUGUUUUGUGGAGUUUUAUGAGCAUCGUCAUGCAGCUGCAGCACUGGCUGCUAUGAAUGGGCGGAAGAUAAUGGGUAAGGAAGUCAAAGUGAAUUGGGCAACAACCCCCAGCAGUCAAAAGAAAGAUACAAGCAGUAGUACCGUUGUCAGCACACAGCGUUCACAAGAUCAUUUCCAUGUCUUUGUUGGUGAUCUCAGUCCAGAAAUUACAACUGAAGAUAUAAAAGCUGCUUUUGCACCAUUUGGAAGAAUAUCAGAUGCCCGAGUGGUAAAAGACAUGGCAACAGGAAAGUCUAAAGGAUAUGGCUUUGUCUCCUUUUUCAACAAAUGGGAUGCCGAAAACGCCAUUCAACAGAUGGGUGGCCAAUGGCUUGGUGGAAGACAAAUCAGAACUAACUGGGCAACCCGAAAGCCUCCAGCUCCAAAGAGUACAUAUGAGUCAAACACCAAACAGCUAUCAUAUGAUGAAGUUGUAAAUCAGUCUAGUCCGAGCAACUGUACUGUAUACUGUGGAGGUGUCACUUCUGGGCUGACAGAACAACUAAUGCGUCAGACUUUUUCACCAUUUGGACAAAUAAUGGAAAUUCGAGUCUUUCCAGAUAAAGGAUAUUCAUUUGUUCGGUUCAAUUCCCAUGAAAGUGCAGCACAUGCAAUUGUUUCUGUUAAUGGAACUACCAUCGAAGGUCAUGUGGUGAAAUGCUAUUGGGGGAAAGAAACUCUUGAUAUGAUAAAUCCUGUGCAACAGAAUCAAAUUGGAUAUCCACAAGCUUAUGGCCAGUGGGGCCAGUGGUAUGGAAAUGCACAACAAAUUGGCCAGUAUAUGCCUAAUGGUUGGCAAGUACCUGCAUAUGGAAUGUAUGGCCAAGCAUGGAAUCAGCAGGGAUUUAAACACAGUCUUCCGCACCGUGGAUGGGACCAAAUUAUGGAGUGCCGCCACCUCCAGGACAGAAUGGCAGCAUGUUGCCUAAUCAGCCUGCAGGGUACCGAGUGGCAGGGUAUGAAACCCAGUGAAAAAGGACUCCAUAAUCUAAAGCCAGUGGCUUGAGGCUACAGGGAGUGUAGUAAAGCCGUGUUUACUUAAAGAUUUAUCAAAUCAGUCAGUGCAAAUGUCAGAUACAAUGUAUUUAUUUAAAAAGAUUCAUUUUUUAAUCAUGAAAUUACUUAUCAUCCACAUUGUUUUAAAAAGAAACAAGAUGCUGGAUGUCUGCCAAUUUUUGCCUUCAUUACCUUUUUUGAUAAAGUUUCUCAGAUCCUUGUUUCAAAUACAAAUGCAGGGAUUGCUGCCACUUUUUUAAAAUUAAGAGGCAGAAAAUUGCACAAUGUUGAACUUUUUUCCACUAAAGUAGUGUGCAGUUCUAGUUUGCAUUCCUGAUAUGAUUUAAAACAUGUAAUAUAAAGAUGUCAAAAAAAAAAUGAAGAACCAAAACUGUGCAAAGUCUAGAAGUUCUUUGUAAUCUUCAGCUUGUGCACAAUUCUGUUUUAGGUUUGUUUUUUGUUUAUGUUUUUGUUUUUUUAAGGCAUUGUUUGAACUGUCCCAUCUCCACUGUUUCCCUUCAGGGUUUUAAAAUAUAAAUUAUUAGUUUACAUCAUUUUUGUAACUACAUUUUUCACAAAUUUGUCUUGCCUUAUUAAAUUUCUGUAAAAUAUACUUAAAUGGGGAAAAAAUGAUGUUCACUUAGAUUGAAAACUUUUCUCAGAUGGAUUGAUAAUUGCAUUCAUUUUGUGUUUUAUAUGAGAAGGUGCCUCAAGAAUUCCCUCUUGGAUUUGUUUAAAGGAUUUUUAUCUUCUCUGAUAAACUCUGCUGUGUACCAGGAAAUAUAAAAACAAAAACUUGCUACUUAAGAAAAUCUCUGAAAUGUGAGAAGUUUUUAUGAGCCCAUGUUAAUUUCAUGUGUCAACUUCUACAUUUACAUGUAUUGUUUCAUUCUGUAAAAUGCUUAGCAAUUUAAUAUUUUGCACAGUUAGCAAGCUUUGUACGUCAUUUCCUUCUUAAAGGCAUCAAUCAUGCAGAGUUGACAGGAGAUUUCUAAGGUUUUAAGUUGUUUGCAUGUGAAUAUCAAAUACACACUUUGGUAGUCUUUGAAUACAAAGUCAUCUGCUCUUAUUUUUCAAGAAUUUUGAGACACAAAGUUGUAUGUAAAGGAAUAUAUUAAUUUGCCAUUUUCUAGUUAUAUUUACUCAAAAAGAGUAAAUCAACUUAGUUUUAAUAUGUACAAAUGACAGCUGUGAAACUGUAGAAUAUCCUAUAUCAGGCUUGGAGUUCAUUGUGAACUUCAAAAUUAGCCUGAAGGACCAGCCGGGCAAAGCAUUUUUUAAAUGUUCAGAGGCCAAAAGAUAAACAAACAAACAAAAAAACCUUAAAAUCCUACCUCCUUAAACAGCCUUCAAAGAGGAGAAUCCUCAGUGCAAUCAUUAUUUUGAUUCUUUUGGUACCUGUUUCCUGGAGUUCCCAAUCUUUUUAUUUUGGGGUGGCUCCGAGCAUUAAGAGGUUUAAUCUUUGAUGGCAUUGUUCUAGUUUUGAAAUUUCUAGUACAUUUCAGAGUCUCUUAGAAACAUUGUGGGAGAUUUUUGUUUUGUUUUCAGUGAAAGUCACAAACUUUCUUCUUCCUUUACUCACAAAGGGGAAGAGUCCCCAGUAUACUUAUUUGGAUGGUUUGUUGUUUUUAAGACCUUCAGAGAGCUCCUAGCAUUUAGCAGCAGAAAAGGCCUGUGAAAUCUUAAGUUUCCUGGCCUUGUCUCUUCCAGGUAGGAGCAAAUUAAACUGGUCUCUAAAGCCAAUAUUCAUGUAAACCAGAGCCCAGGAAAGACAGCUCAUAAGUGUAUAAUUCUCUGGAGCUCAAUUCUAUGCAGUUGUACUGAUGUUUCAUUAUGUCACUGUGUAUUUUUAAUUGUUGAUACAUUAAAUGUUGCUUUAUGGAAGAUGAGUAAAUUUUUUAAAUACUUGGGAAUUUUAUUUCCUUGUUAACGUCUACAGAUCAGGGCAUGCAACCAGAAGCAGCUUAAAUGAAAUACUCAAAAAAUAAAAUAUCAGGAAGCUAUUUUUAGAUUCUUCUGGUUUAUGUUUCUAUUUUAGGACCCUCAUUAUUUUUCUUACUCAAAAAUAUUUUAUUUCCUAUACAUUCUAUGGACUGCAGGGUAAGUUAUUUGGGCAUAAGUAAUUUAAGCAAAAGUAUAGUUUUUCUUUCAUUUUGGCUUUCUCAAGUAACAUUUUUUAUUAGCCAGUAUAUUUUCUUAUUGCACAAAUCUUAAAAGUGUACAUUAACUACUUUUUGAGAAGAAAGUGGUAUUUCUCAAAAAGUUACUACUGAACAAAUUGACAUUUCAGGAACAUUGCUAACUUUGGUUUAAGUCUUACACAUAGUGUUAAAAUCAUUUAAAGAUUUUUUUAGUCUAAAAAUAAAACUGGUAUUACUACCAGGUCACGAAAUUAAAGUUUUAAAAAUGGUUUCAUUCUCUGCAAUAUGCAUUCAGAUUUUACUAUAAUAUAUCUGGUACUGUAAAGAACCUGAAGUGAUUCACACUUUAAUGGGUCGUUAAUUCAGUAUUCUUUGCCCUGUUUGGAUAUUAAAGUUCCUUUAUGUUUUCUAUAA